CAAUAAAAAUAUAUUUAAAAAGAAAAUAAAUGGUAAGAUUCCUCUCUGAAACCAAUAAAAAUAUAUUUAAAAAGAAAAUAAAUGGUAAGAGAAGGAAUCUUGGGAUAGCAGAAAGGAAAAUAUGGGUAAAUACAGUAGACUUUUCUUCUCUUGAGUUUUCUAAAUUGUUUGAUGGUUGAUGUGAUUCUCAAUAUACCUGAAAGAAAUAGUUAAGACAAUUGCUUUUUGUUUUUUGUUUUAGAGAGAGGGAGGGAGGGAAGGAGGGAGAGAGAGAGAGAGAGAGAGAGAGAGAGAGAGAGAGAGAGAGAGAGAGAGAGAAACAUUGAUGUGCGCAAGAAAAACUGAUUGGUUGCCUCCUGCAUGCACUCCAACUGGGGAAAACCCGCAAUCUAGGUAUGAGCCCAGACCAGGAAUCCAAACCUACCACCUGUUGGUGUACAGGAUGAUAUCCAACCAAUUGAACCACACCGGCCAGGGCAAGACCAUUAUAUUUUAAAUGGGAGAACAUAAAGGGAAGUAAGGUUUCUACACUUCACUGAAAGCAGUAAAAUGUCAGUAAAGUGUGGUGAGAUAUAGACUAUAAUACCUGGAACAACCACUAAGAAAGCUAUAUAAAGCUGGGUACUGGAAAUAUUGGUGGGAAAAUAUAUAAAGUAUAUGACUGUCUAACCACUAAGCUGUACACCCGAAAUACUAUAGAUAAAUCAAAAUGGAAUGUUAAGAAGUAUUCAGGUGAUCCACAGAAGUCAGGAAAAAGAAAACGAAGAUUUUAGUAUCAUGAUGUAUUAUACUUGUAACCAGGUUAAAAAAUAAUAAAAAUACGUUAUAAAAUCUAAAAAAAAUAAAGAAAAAAAUAGAACAGACUGAAAACAAAGUAAAAUGACAGAUUUAAGCCCUAACAUAGCAAUAAUUAAAUGGAAAUGGUCUAAAUAUAUUAUGACCUAACUAUAUGCUACUUAUAAGAAACUCACUUCAAAUAUAAAAGUUUUGUUUGUACAAGUUUUAUUUAUAAUAGCCAAAACUGGAGGCAGGAAGGGAACAAAGUGUCCUGCAAUAGGUGAAUGGCUAAGCAAACUGUUACAUCCAUACCAUGGCAUACACCUCAACAAUAAAGAUGGAAUGACCUGUUGAUACAUGCAGCAACUUGAAUGGAUCUCCAUAGCAUUGUGUGAAGAGAAAGGGAAAAAAGCCAUCUCAAAUGGUUACACACUAUGUGAUUCCAUUUCUACAUAACAUUUUCAAAAUGACAAGAAUAUGGAGCUAGAGAAUAAAUGGUUUCUAGGGCUUAGAGAGAAUGAAAGGAAGGGAAUGGGUGUCACUAGGAAGGGGUAGCUUGCCCCUCAGUUGGUGAGCAGAUGAACAAAUUCAGGUGUAUUCAGACAAAGGAAUACUACUCAGCAAGCAAACGGAGUGAAAUAAUAAUAUACACAAAAACAUGGUGAAUCUUAAAAUCAUUUUGGUUGUGAAAAAAGCCAGGCAAAGUUCCCACUGCCCCCAUCACGGGUCCAAGUAGCUUGGGCAGCGAAAGAAGUGGCAGCAGCCAGGCAGCCCAGGUUUGAGAAGCCACUAGGCGCACAUGGCCCUCAGGCACCCAGCACGCACCACCCCACUGCCAGAUGCCCAAGAGAAAGGUCUGCUCUGCCAAGGAGGAGCCCAAGAGGAAGUCGGCAAGAUUGUCAGCCAAACCUGUUCCUGCAAAAGUGGAAACAAAGCCAAAAAAGGUGGCAAAAAUAAAUAAAUCUUCAGACAAAAAAGUGCAAGCAAAAGGGAAAGGGGGAGCAAAGGGAAAGCAGGCCGAAGUGGCUGACCAGGAACCUAAAGAAGAUCUACCUGCAGGAAAUGGAGAAAUUAAAAUCCAGGAGAGUCCGGCCUCAGAUGAAGCAGGAGAGGAAGAAGCCAAGAAAUAUCAGUUUUGGCUAUUAUAAAUAAAACUUGUACAAACAAAACUUUUAUAUUUGAAGUGAGUUUCUUAUAAGUAGCAUAUAGUUAGGUCAUAAUAUAUUUAGACCAUUUCCAUUUAAUUAUUGCUAUGUUAGGGCUUAAAUCUGUCAUUUUACUUUGUUUUCAGUCUGUUCUAUUUUUUUCUUUAUUUUUUUAGAUUUUAUAACGUAUUUUUAUUAUUUUUUAAUAAAUAUCUUAGACCAUGUCUUACCCGUGGUCCCUGUCUCCCUUCUUGUACAAUUCCAGAGGAAUAGUUUUAUCAACUGUUUUGUCAAUGCAAGUUUUUUAGUAACUCUAGAAACAUUUUUAAGAAGGAGGGAAUUCUACCUCAUCCCAUUUUUUUAAGUGUAAAUGCUUUUUUUUUUUAAGAGGUGAAACCAUUUGCUGGUUGUUUAUUUUGGGGUACAACCAGCAAAGAGUGGGAUAUUGAAUAUGGGAGGCUUUGAUUGUCUUGGGUGUCAGCUUAACAUCCAAUAGAUGAGGGUAGUUUUUAUAUCUUCUAAUACAAAGCAAACUAAAUGGCAAUUUGGAGUCAGUUGUGCAUUUGCUAUGUCUUGAACAUUUUAACUUACUUCUAUUCCCAUGU